AUGCAUAAUCUUCACCUUGUCACCAAUAAUCCGACCAGCCCAGUAAUCGAUUAUACAACAGCAUUGCAACUUAUGCAACUGCAAAUGCUUUGCCAGCCAGGCCUUUUAAAUUCAUUUUUAAGUCAAAUGGCCAUAAUGGGACAAGCCAUGAACAGUAGCAACUCGAAUAAGGUGAAAACAUCAGUUGAAACAUCAACGGAUAGUUGCGUGGUACCAAUACGUGAACGAAAACGACUUGCGUCACGUUGCUCUGAUGAUUUAUCUUCAAAACGAUCCAAAGUAAUACGACGUUUAGUGGAUGAUUCAGAAACAUGCUCACCUGUUUCGGGAAUGUUUAUAAAAGAAGCAUCAUCUUUACCGCCACCUGAUGAGUUACAAGCAGCGGCAGAUUUAGAUGAGACUGCUGUUUUUGUUAAUGUUUCGGAAGAAAGUCGACGUAAAAUUGAACAAAUUACGAAUAUCAUUGGUGAUUGUAUAUGUGCCUUGUGCAAAGUUCGAUACGACGACGUAUUCCGAUUAGCACAACAUCGAUGUCCACGUAUCAUUCAUGAAGAAUAUCGUUGUCCGGAAUGUGAUAAGGUAUUCAGUUGUCCUGCAAAUUUAGCAUCACAUCGCCGUUGGCAUAAACCACGCGGAAAUGAUCCGGUAGCUGCCGCAUCAUCACAAUCUUCUCUUUCCGCUUCCAUAAAUACCUUCAUGUGUGCAACCUGUUCCGUAACAUUUGAUACUAAAAAAGCUUUCAAAUUACAUUCCGCACAUUGCUCAACCAUUCUUUCCAAUAAUUCUAGUCAUUCUCAAAAUCAUUUCUUAAAUUUAUUACAACAUAACACUUCAUCAAAUUUAAAAUCUAAAACAGAACAACGAAAAAUUUGCAUAUAA